AUGUCAACAGGCACACGGGAUGAAAUUCGCCCUUCAAAGUCCAUCCUGGAAGGCGCUCGGCCUCCAAUGGGUAGCCAGCUCGCUUCAACCAAGUUGAGCAGUGGUGUUUCUCGCCUGGAAAACGCAGAACCUAGUGCAUCCAUGAUCAUGUCACUUGCCUGUGUGUCAGGUCUGGCUGACAACCAAUUCCUCGUCACCUACUACCGGCAUCCUCAAGACCAGAACUCGCGCCCCAGCAGCUUGAGCACAAGGCUGGCUGCAAGGCUGCAAGGCAAAAGCCAAGCACAACCAGACAACGGGCGAGCGAGCUUCUCUAGCUGCAAUGGGGCUGGCACCCCGGGUUGUUUGAGGCCUAAAAUGGCAAUCAAUGGGUUGCUGGGCAAAACAAGAGUAACAGCAAGCUGUGAGCCAAGUAGAACGAUUUAA